AUGGCGACAGGUGCGCGCGGCCGCAGCGGCCAAUCAGCGGCGCCGCCGGCGGGCGCUCCGCGGCCGUAUGCCCGCGCCGCACGCGAACUUGGCGCGCACUCUGCACCGGACACCGUCCCGGCGAGCACCUGCCGCCGCGCACCCGCCACUGCCUGCGCCAGCGAGCACGCCCCCUCCGCGCGAUGCGCUGCUUAUCGGACGCCGACUGUUCGCGGCGCGGUCCCUGCUGAGACGCCACCCCCGCCGAGACGCCGCCCCCGCGCCCAGUCGCGUGUCGCCCGCGCCCGGCGCGUGCCACGCACCCCGCCGCCAGCGUCUGUGACGUGCGACUGUGACUGUGCGCGUGUGUGCCGUGCCGUUGCGUUCCGUUCUGUGCUUGUGUUUGGAGCCUCGCCUCUGCCGCCACCUCUCGUUCUGUGGAUACGCCGGAAGGCGCGGUACGGCGACUGCAUACUCCACGUGACAGCUAUGUCUGGAGAACCCGAGGAUACGAAAGAGCAAACCCAAAGGAAUGAUACAGAUAUAGGCCUCCAAGAUGUGCACCUCUCUGAUCCGAACGAGACGGUGUACAUGAUCUGUGGUGUGCUAAUUGCCAUGGUCCUGGUGGCACUCAUCAUCGUGCUGCUAGCUCUGACCAUCAGCAAACUGCGGAAGAGAGAUGACAACCAGAGCCCGCCGCCGCGGCAUCCUGUGGGCGUCGCAGCCGCAGCAGCAGCAGCGACGACAACGACGACGCAGAUAACAGCUGUGAAUCACCUCAACUGCCAAUCUGUCGCUACGGUGUCUGCCCAGGUGACAACUACCAUCCUGCCGCCACCCGAGGCCUGCCCUGGGAGCACAGCAACGACAACAGUCUACCCUCCGCAGUUUCUGUGGCAAUUUCCACCACCCUACUCGCUGUACAGCAACAACCAGGACCCGCUCGUACACACCCUCCCUGCUGGUCAACCCGGAAUCUGCAGAGGAUUUAGGAAAAACCUGAGAGGCAGAUGGAGACGCCUUGUGAAGAGGAAACCUGCCAAUGAAGUGUACACAAUACCUGCAGAACUUCGGGACCAGUUGAAACAAAUCUAUGUAUAUUAAUACUAUUAGAUAUAUAAUGGACUGCAAAGUGCAGGUUUCUGGCGCUUAGCUGUGUCUGCAUCUCAGUGCGAACGAAGCUUUUUUAGUCAUGUUCAAAUACUGUGCAAAUGUCAAACCAAAAAGACAGUUGAGUCUGUUAUACUACAUACCAAUAUGGCCUUUCAAACCAUGAUAUUAUGAAACUGUAAAUAUGUGAUAUGUUUGUAAAGUAUUAUUCUGCCCACUUGUCUGAACUGUGAACUGCAUAUUCAGUUGGUGUGGCAGGAAAUCAUUGACUGUCAGCUCAUAUUGAGCUUGUUUAUCCUGAUUACAAUGGACUGCAGAAAGUGUUUACUUGUAAAUCAAGAUUGUCGCAUUUAUUGUCUGAAGUAUUUCAUAGCUGUUUAAUUCCAAAAUAUUUUCUAUUAAAUGCCUUGUUGCAUUUUAGAAAUUAAUGGCAAUGUCAGUUGUGAUUUCUCUCAGGGACAGUUGUACCUUUCUAAACUUUGUUGAAAGUGCUGAAAAUCCCUGAUAAGGAGAAUAGGAAUCCAUUCUUCCCAUGCCAACUGACCACUAAGUUAUUAUAGUCAAUAAACUGUAAAUAUUAAGACUAAGUUAAAUUUUAAUUUAAAAUAGACAUGGUGACAGUGUCUGCCAAAAUGUGAACUAAAACUGUUUUGUGAUAAAGAAUGGCAAAUGUUAUCAAAUAGAUGGAACUUGUUCAGUAUUCUAUGGCAGUAUAUACACCAGUUUUAAAAUUUAGAUCUGUCCUAUAUUGAACAUCAUUUGAAAUUUAUGAUCUGAGUCAUUAUGUCAACCAUUCCAUCCAUCAAUGAGAAUAAAUAAAAUGUUAAUAUUGCACAUAUGUUUUACAAUAUCCAGUCCUCAACAAUUUGUGCUGUUUAUUACCUUGGGAGAGAAAACUAACAUGGGUUAAAUGAAUUGAUGCUCCUUCCUCAACACAUCAUCAGUCAGAUACUCUUGCAAAAAAAAUACAGUUAAGUAGGGGCUAGUACAACCAUAUUUAAUCUGACCAUUAAGUGUUUAAGGUCUUACUUUUAGAGAUUCAUUCCAAUGCAUUUGGUGAUUGAUGUAGUACACCACUGUCAUGAGCAUAACAUUUCAUUUAGUGUAUGACAGUUCAAAGGAUAUUUGAAUUGUUAUACAGCAACUAGGCUGCUGCUGUCAGCUGUGCCACAUGAGCUGAAAUGGAUCGAAGUUUUGUAGGGUUACAGUACACCUCUCAAUUAACAGAAUGCUGCAGACAAUCACAUGGCAGAACAGUUUGCAUUUCCUGGAAAAUAAUAUCCAGUGGGUACUAAUAUAGGUAUUCUCCACAAUGUGUUGCAGUUUAAUCCAGUUACUUGAGUUGGCCUGUUACAUUAAGAAAAUGGUAUUUUUCAAUUCGACUUGUACACUGAGCACUCAAUGGAAGAGCCAAUUAAGCAUGACACAACAGAGAACUACUUGUUUUGAAAUAAACCUCCACACACUCACCUUAACAACAAUGGAUUGAUAUUUAAAUAAACAUUUCUUUUCCUCAAAUUUAACAGUAUUCUUGCCCUCCCCUUUUUUGCACAAUUACAGAGGAAAUUUUAUUGAAUGAAACAAUACAUUUUCUGUAACAGUGAUGAUAGAGAGAGAGAGAGAGAGAGAGAGAGAGAGAGAAUAGCUACAAAAUGGCACUCUUGCCACACACACUGGCACAUUACACUGAAGACUGCUAUUCCUGCAAAGAACAGAAAUGUUCCUCACACUGACUAUACUUACCAAGGCAAACUGAGACAUAUGAUCAUAUGAUGUGAAAAUAUCACCACUUAAGUAUCUUUUUUUUCUUGGAGUGAACCACUGCUCUUUAUUCAGACAGUCAGGUUACACUACACUACUUACUGUGUCCAACUACAGAAAUUAAAAAUAAUCUUAAAUUUAUAGAAGUCAAAUACAAAUUUACUUUGUUUCAUUCUUUUACCAAAUAAUCAUCUCUGCUAUCAAAUGAUCAAUAAAUGAAAUAAACAGAAAGUACACCACAGAUAAAAAAAGAAACCUGCCUCAACUAUGCUGUAGGAAAGAAAUUUCAUUUUGGAUCUAUUUGUUUAGUAAAGAAGGUGAGAGUUACAUUGUAAUGAGAUCAUUAACUAAAGGUAAGUGGGAAAGUCACUUUACGUAAAGCCACAACACUGGUAUGACAUACUUUUACACAUGACAUGAUGGAUAGUGACUGGGAUUGAAUAUUAUUUUGUACUGUGGCUAGCUUUCAGCUACAGCAUAUGACUGGCUCUCUACAGGCCUAUAACUUCUGAAAUGUAUUUCAACUACUGCAAUGUCAAACAGCUGACAAGUUCCCUGAUUUUAGUACUGUGCUAAGCAAUGGUAUGUGUGAUAUGACUACAGGUAGAUAACUGAACAGUUUCAUUAAGCUGAUAUGAAGUUUUUAUUCAUUUUGCAAAAUAUUUAUUGCUGUGAUUUUGUACCCUCUCUCUAUAUUGAAGGAAAACUCAUAAACCUUGAAAUAUUGCAUUAGAUAAACAAUGAUGAUGACUGCAAUCAGGAAUGGAGACAUAAUAUCAACUGAAACACCAGCUUGUUUUACAAAUCCACAGUGUAUUAAAUGUAAUUUUCUGCAGAAGUGUAAAAAAUAUCACACUGCAGUCCUUUGUAAUCAGUUCCUAAACAAGUUCAUGUAUAUAGAAUCUAUUGUAAGAUAUCCAGACUUAAAUACAAUAAUUCGGUUACAAAAUAUUGUGGAAAUG